AUGCCGUCACAACGUCGCAUGAAGUUCUUUGGCAUCCUCAUCGUCACCACAAUUGUUGUCCUCUUCUACAUGUCAAGAGCAGCACACCAAACACAAUCAUCGGAUUUCUAUACAAAGACGCAACAAGCCUUACAAGAGAAAGAAUACGCAGAAGCGGCCAAGCAACGCGACGCGGAGAGCGUCGGAUCGCGACUCAAAGCUGCCGAGGAUCAGGCUAAGAAGAACGCCGAGAACAAAUACGCGGACCACAAGGUCCAAGUUGAGGGUCAAGACCAGAAGAGCGUCGCGGGCAGAGUCAAGAUGGAUGGCGACAAGGUUCCUGGCGUCGCGCAACAGGGCGGUAGACCGCACGACCAAGCAGCGAUGAAGGAGAAUGAGACACUCGAAGACCAUGAAGUUGAGAUGGAGCUCAAUGCCAUCCUGAAGAAGAGCCCAAUGAUCAUCUUCUCUAAAUCCUACUGCCCUUACUCGAAGAAAGCGAAACACAUUCUCCUCGAAAAAUACAACAUCAAACCCGAACCCUACGUCGUUGAGCUCGAUCAAAGCCCAAUAGGCCAACAACUACAAGCAUUCCUACACAAGUCUACAGGUCGGCGGACAGUGCCCAACAUUCUACUGAUGGGCAAGAGCAUCGGAGGUGGCGACGAUAUUGAAGAGCUUGAUCAGACCGAUACCCUUGUGGCCAAGAUCAAGGAGAUAGGCGGUAGCCGCAUCACCGAGGUCGAGCACCGUGGCGCCCGCCAUGAGAUGCGACGAAAGAUGAAGGCGUAG